AUUUUCCUAACUUGUUUUAGAUGUGUCGGAUACGCUGGCGAAUUCUCCACUUUGAGAAUGAGCGGGUGAUUGACGAGGGCUACGGUUUUGCGACGUACGGAUGGAUCUCUCCUGCCGGUGCUGCAGCAGCUAGUGGCUGGAUUUAUUGGCAGUCUGGCCCGCCUCUUUCACGCUUCGAUGAUGACAAAUCCCUCAGUAUUUCGUUUCGUCAAUUUUUUAUAAGCACACCAUCGAUUUCUCGUCCUCCCUUCAAUAGUGUAAACAAUUUCCCAAGUUUGGUGAAUGGCUGACGGAUGGACAGUUCCCUAACUGUCGACUCAUUAAGAAUCUAUUGGACGACUUCCUUAUAUAAUAGUGUGGCGCCCUCCAUUUGGUUCGUCUUGUACAAGUUGCCAUCCAGCAACAGCGGCGGGACAAAGGACGGGCGAGCCUACGUGUAUCGGACAUCUUCCAGCUCAACCCAGGCCGGCAGCACUUGGAUCUCCUCUGGGCAGGCGAUCGAUUCGCCGAGUUCUCUACCCGGGCGAACACUCGAACCCAUCUACAAUAGUCCGAAGGAACACCUAGUCGGGGCUGAAGAAGAUAAUAAACGAUUACUGCUCAUGUACAACGACGAAUUCCCAAAUGGAACGAGCAGCGAAACAUCCGCCCACGCUAAAGGUGUCGUGGCGUUCGACGGGCAGUCCGGCUUUUGGUUAGUCCACAGCGUACCGCGCUUUCCUCCAGCUCCCGAUGGUGGACCACCAGGGACUAAAGGCAAUUACUCGUAUCCAACCACUGGACUUCGCUACGGUCAAACGAUGUUGUGCGUCAGUUUGCCACUCCACCAAGCUGAUCUUAUUGGGAAACAGCUGCUGUAUUACCAUCCGUUCGUCUAUCAUUGGAACGUUUCGUCGGCCAACAAAGAAUGGAUCCAGAUGCUGCCUAAUCUGGCGGCUGUGGCUGGAGGAGCUCACAUCACUCAACCACCCUGGUCCCGCGCCACUCAGCUGUUGACGUCAGAUCAACUGACCAUCAUCAGUUUUGCUAAAUCUCGCCAAUUCGGUCUAGAUCUGUACGGGGAUUGGAUGGCGACUGCGCUGCAAAGUUCCCUGUACGUGGAAACGUGGACUAAUGGACAAGGUCAUCCCAUGCCUUCUUUCUGCUUGAAUCGCACUUUCACAGUGCAGAACAUUAAGCAGGUGCACCUGAGUGACGUCCAAGCCUUCCCGUCGCACAGUGAUCACAGCAAAUGGGCCAUAUCCAGUCGCCAGGAGGAACCGUGGGUCUGCAUCGCCGACAUCAAUCGCAUGGAUUCCCAGCGGCAUCGAGGUGGCGGAUCGCUUUGUUUCCGUCAGCUGGAGCUGUGGCGUGGGUUCGACCAGGCUGUCAAUCAACUGGAACCUUGCCCACUUUCAUCGACUUUCUUCUCCUCCUUGAAUAGGAAGCUCACCAAUACUAUGAAGAAGAAAAAGAAGAAGCAGAAGAAGCCGAUGACGCAACAAGACCUGUUAGUAUAAUACGCGUAGAGUAUAGGUUGAUUCACGAAAGAAACUUUCAAACAAAAGUUUGCGACUAUUUUUUAAGCUUCCGUAUCCUACAAGCUUGUUCCUUUUGGCCCUUCCUACUUGUACUAGUUUCUUAAUAUCUCGUCUCUCCCUGUCUCCGUCUGACGUCAUUGAGGGGGGCCUACAAUAACUUUUCUACUCGACUCCCGAAUGUUUCAAUCUAUGGUACACUUUUCCUUGCAGACUACUAUCGUAUCAUAUUGCAAUUCCUCUCUUUACGAUGGAACUCGUCCUUAUUAUCUCGAGCCACUUUGUCUUUCCCCAUGACAGAUUUCUAAACCAAUAAAGUCAGCCUGCGUUCUGCGUAGUCUUUUUUCCCGCUGCCUUGAUGUGCACAGAAGGGAAAAUUGGUAUUGUGACACUGGUUAGCGAGCAGCAGUAGUCCUCCUCCUUGCGAUUUCUCUUUCUCCUGCCUCCGCUUUUUCCUAAGGUAUAUUGUAGAUGUUCUCUUAUUGAUCGCUUGUAGGCUUCUACUUAUUUGAUCCUUUAAGACCCGGGCCGUAUAUGAAAAGUAGUAGGCUAUGUUCUGUUAUUGUGCUUUUAGCUCCGCUGAUAUUCAGGUAAGUAUAUAUGAGGUGCAUCUGGGUGGAUAAAUAUCCCAUUUUUGGCGGAUUGGCAGUGCGGGUCGCAAGUUGAAUCCCAAGUGAUGAACCAACCCGGGUGCAUCCUUGCAGGCGUGGUCUCCACCCAUUCGUUUUCGUUCCGUAGUCGCCCCGUUUUGACGACUGGGUCCUCAGUAUUUUUCUUUUCUUUCCUCCGCUCUCCCUUCUAAAUGGAGCAGCGUCUCUCGGACGACCGUAAAACAAAAGCAUUAGCUAAUGCUCGUCGACUCUAAAAAUAGGCAUUACUCUCUACUAUAAAUAUAAGAUGGAAAAGAGAACUUUAGAGUUAUCUGGUAGGCUACAUUUUGUACCACUUUGCUCAACCCAGUUUAUUGAAACUUUAGCAGGAAAUCGUCUACGUUUUGUUUUCGACUUUACUGGAAGAAAAGGAAUAAACUGUAUCGUUUUAAUAAAAGAAAUUGUAGAGAUCCU